AUGAUUAAACAACAGCAACCACAACAACUUAAGGCGCAAAGCACCCAGGUCCUUCAGACCAUUACAUACGCCAUAUAUGCAUAUAAUUCAAAGACGGCAGAACAAACGCAAAGGUUGAAAUAUGGAGAUUUGGAGAUAGUAUUGAAAAAUGACCGUUUCGAAUUCGUUUGCAAAGGUGGUGCAGUGAUAUCAAAUAUAAAAGAAAUUUUAUUUAUGAAUUCAAAAAUUAAAGGAAUAACGGAUGAUAUAACAUCAAUUCCACCAGAAGAACAGAGAUAUUACGCAUUAAAUGCAUUUCCUACAGUUUUGAAGAUUGGAAGAUUUAAUUUAAAUGAGGAAUUCAUAGAAGGUUUCCUAAAUGACAUAAUGAAGAAGGUAGAUAAGGAAUACGUGGAUAGUGAGUUAAUGAAGAAGGCAAAUUUGGUUUAUGUAGAUGAAAAAGAUAAUGAAAUUAAAGAAAAGGUUGAAUGGUAUCAUGAAUGGACAUCGGAGACUUUUAAAGUUAAAGCUGAUACAGGAUGGGUUUCAGGAUGUUUAGGCCUUAAAGCAGGUAAAACUUAUGUAGAUGAAAAUUAUGCAAAGAAGUCGGAAGUAAAUGAUGUGAUUACAAGCAUGAAAAAUGAAAUACUUCAAACAUUAUAUCCUAUAGGCUCUAUUUAUACAUCAAUGAAUUCAACAAAUCCAGCAACAGUUCUGGGUUUUGGUUCAUGGAAGCAGAUUGUAAACAAAUUCUUAUACUGUACUACUAAUUCAAAACAAGCGGGUGGUUCAAAGAAAAUUAAAGAAGCAAACCUUCCACCGCACACUCAUACAGGAACGACAAACUUUUCUGGCGACCAUAGACACUCAUUAAGAGACCACCCAUUAUACAACUCUGACUAUGAAGCUGGUUAUGAUGUUUUAUCUCCAGCUUAUAACGAUUCAACAAAAAAGACUUUUCGACAAACUGAACCAGGAGGAAAUCAUGUCCAUACUUUCACAACAAAUCCAACAGGCUUGGGUAAAGAUUACAUGCCACCAUUUGUGACUGUAUUUGCAUGGUACCGAAUGAACUAA